CGUUUUUUAAAAAGUUUUAAUGGUUGAUUUGUAUGUAAAAACAAAAUUUCCAAGAUAGUUUUAUUGACACUUCGGCUGAUGAUGGGAAACUGAGUUUUUCCCGAAACUGGUACCGUUAAAAUAAAUUUUAAACAGCAUGUACGAAGUUUCAAUUUCCAUUCUCAAAAUUUGUAAACUUGCAACAUGGAUUUUCAAACUAAUCAUAUAGAAAUACCUUAUUCUGAAGAGCAUUUUCGGCGAUAUCUUCAAACAAUUGGAUUUAAGUACAAAUCACUGGACGGACGAGCUCAUAUUACCGAAACUCCCCGGCUAAAAAAAUGGAGGUGGGAAUUUAUUGAACAAAUUAGGAAAUAUCGGGAAGAGAAGUGGAAUAUUGUUUAUUUAGACGAAACUUGGUAUGAUACCCAUGAUGUAAUAAAAAAGAGCCUUUCCAUUGGUAGUGAUAAAUGUGCAUUGAAGAUACCGUGUUCAAGAGGAAAACGUAUUAUUAUUCUUCAUGCAGGGGGAGAGAAUGGUUGGGUGCAAAAUGGAUUGUUAUUAUCCGCAAAAAAUAUUAAAGACUGUUCUGCAGAUUAUCACUAAGACAUGGAUUCUGCGUUGUUUGAGACAUGGUUUAAAAAUCAAUUAUUAACAAAUUUAUUAAAUCAGAGGUUGGUAAUCGUUCUUUACAACGCAAGUUAUCAUUCUCGAAUAUUACACCCCAAACCUGCAAAGAGGCAUAAAAAAGAAUAUGUUUUAUCCUACUUGCAAGAACAUAAUAUUGCCAUGCCGAACGGUAAGAUUACCAAAGAUAAGCUGUUAGCCAAAGUCAAUGAAGUUGACAUUCCAACCGAAUACGUAAUUGAUGGCAUGGCAAAAGAAGCGGGACAUAUAGUUCUACGAUUACCACCUUACCAUUGUAUUUUGAACCCCAUAGAAUUAAUCUGGAGCAAUUUAAAGCGAAAUAUUAGAAAACAUAAUGCAGCUCCAACCUUAAGCGCCAAACUGGUGGAUUUAAUUCGUCAAGAGGUUGACAACAUACCAGCAGAAUUAUGGAGGAACUGCGUAAAACACGUAAAGGACGUAGAAAAUUCUUAUGUAUCGCCAAAUAUUCAACGAUUUAUUAUAGAUAUCGGAAAUGAGAGUUCCGAUCAAAGCAGCUUUGAAAAUUAUGAUAGCUGUGAUAGCGACGACGAAUAAUUAAAUUUUAGCAUUUAUACAUUGACUUUUAUACUAGUUUUUAUAAUUAAAUUUUAGUUAUAACUAAACUUUUGUUUUUUAUUAAAUUUUAGUUUAAAAAAAAUUAAGUUCGACCCUGUCAUUGUCUGAUUGUCCUUUUCAGGUACUCGAGCGGGCAAAAAUUACCCCGGCUUUUAUUUAUGACUGUCAUAAAAACCGUUCUGGAUGUGGAAGAGUAUACAGGGUGGUUCAAAUUCGAUGUCCGAAU